AUGACACUUAUCCACAUUGUUCUGUUCAAGUUUCGUCCGGAAAUCAGCGAUGAACACAAAGCCACUUUUGUCACAGAACUGAAGAAGCUUAAGAAUCUAUCCUGUGUGAAAGACGGCCGUCUCAUCGUUGGAGGGCCAUCGGUCACUGACCCAAUUGAACGUAGCAAAGAGUUUCAGUUCGCCUUGAUCAGUUAUCACGAGAACCUGGAAGCUUUAGGCGAAUACCAAGCAAGUCCAGAGCAUCAUUGGGUCACCUCGACGUACAUGUUCCCCUAUAAGGAAGAUCUGUGUCGCUUUGACUUUAACGUCGACCCUGAAGACGAGUACAUGUGCAAAUUCAUAGAGAAGUCAUUCACUUGA